UGCUCAGUGUUUCGUAUGAUUAUAAUCAACGAAUUCGAUUGUCAGCAGUCUCCGAAAUUCAAACUUAUAAAACAGUUUAUAAAAUUUUAAAAUUUCUACAAUGUCUUCUGUGAACUCCUCGGCGACACCCACCACAAGCGCUGCCGUACAGAAGCAAUCUUCUAAGGAUCAAGAGUGUACCAUGGUCGAUCCCCAGGAAAUUGAAGAGAUCGAUAAACGCCUUAAGUCUCUUGUGGCUCGCCUCACAACUCUGGAGAAUUCGCUGGCAGACUUGAGCUCGCCUCUUCAGACGUACUUCGACGGAGAUCACGGGGACACCGAUAGGGAACUGGAAACUUUGCAGGAUGCAUUGGACGUCCAGGAUCAAGAACUUUCGGACUUGGUGGCUGACGAAAAUAUUGGGGACAAGAAAGAUGUCCAUGAUGAAGAAUUAAAGGAGGAAGCUUCAAAAAAACCAUAAGGAAUUGCGUUGAAUGGUUGAAAUGUGUUAAGUCUUAUUCGAUUUAUGGGCAUUAAACUGUUGAGAAUGGUGUACAGUUAAA